AUGAUGGAAUUGUAAUAUAAUUAGGAUGAUUUAAACAAUAUAUAGUUUGAUGGAUGUUAUAAAUGCUAAUAUAGUUGCUAAUUGGAAUGUUUACAAUGUGUGGAAAAUAAAUGUUAUUAGUGUUUUGAUGGUUGGAAGCUUAUUGAUUAUAGUUGUUAUCACUAUUUUGGAGAUGGUUAAGUAUCUUCAAUGGAACAAUUUGAUGAUGGAAAUUAUGAUAGUGGAGAUGGAUGUUUUGAAUGCAAAUAUCAAUGUAUUUAAUAUUGCAACACUUGUAUAAAUAAAAUACAUAUUAAAUUUGUGAAUAGUACUACGAAUUAUAUAAUUAUUAAUGUAAACCAAUAUGUAGAGAUGAACCUAUUGUUAUUGGAUUAGAAGAAUGUUUAGAUGGUAAUGAUUUUCCUUAUGAUGGUUGUUUUAAUUGUUAAUUUUAGUGUGGAGAAUAAUGUUAAACUUGUACUUUUGGAACAUGUUUAGAGUGCAUCAAAGGAUAUACAAUUAUAAAUUAUUAUUGCGAAGUUGAUAAUUAAACUCACACCUCUGUUGAAGAAGAUUAAGAAGUGUCAAAUAAAUGUGGAGAUGCUAUUUAUACUGAUAAUGAAAAAUGUGAUGAUGAUAAUGAAUUUGAUGGAGAUGGUUGUUCUAGUUUAUGUCUAAUUGAACCAAACUGGUAUUGUAACAAUUAUCCUAGAUAAUUAAGUAUUUUGCUCUUAUUAUACUGUUCUUAAAUUGUAAUAUGUUAAUUAGAUUUAAUCAAUUUAAUACGUUUGA